CCUUUGGCCGGCGCCUUCGAUAUCACGGAGGUCACGCUUUGGCCAUGGAAGUUUUAGUAGACCCCUGGGUGUCAUAAUUUAUCACUUUGGGAAUCACUACUCUUGAGAAAAAUCUGACAAUUUUUUUAGUUGGCAGCAUUUCAACUGACAAAAUUAGUUUUGAUUAAAACUUCUGACCUUUUUUUUUCAUUUUAGGCUAGGACAAAAGGAAAUGUGAAAAGUAGAUCUAGAUAUAGAUAGAUUCUAGAUCUAGAUUUCUAUAUAUUUCAAGAUGCUAAUUUUCAUGAUUAUUUUAGUCUUAUAGAUAUCUAGUUGGUUUUCACAUGAGCAACUUAUAGACUUAUAGAAUCUUUUGCUGUCUAGUGUUAUAAAAAUGGUAUUCAAGAUUUUGAAAUAGAUCUCAAAUUGUGUUUACAAAGACAUCUGGAGAACUAAUUCACUUAAUGUCAAUUAUGGAUGACAUGAAACAAAACUUAAAUGAACUCAGAACUGUCAUUAAAACUGAGAAUGUAGAAAAGUCUCUUCCUUCAGAGACACUGGAAAACAGUUUAACUGGUCAAACUUUUGAAUUUAUUUUAGAAGAGGAGGCACAGCUUUUAUAUAGCACAUCUUUCAUGUUCCAUGAGUGCUAUGAUCCAAUCUCUUUCAUGGACCAGUAGAGUAAAGGGGUAUCUGGCUGAAGGUUUUCCACACUGCCUUUUUGCUUUUGAGUCUGGUGUUGAACCUCAAGCCCCUUGAUAGAUAUGCAAGCACAAGCGGUUUAAGCCUCUUGGCCGCACAUCCCACAGUUUUAAACAUCUAAAGAACUAAUUCACCCAGUGUUGGAUGCCAUUGAACAUAACUUCACAAAUGAUCUCGAAAAUGUAAUGAAAGUUGAGAAGAUAGAAUCCUCCUAUCAUACAGAGACACCAGAAAUUACCUCCACUGGUCAUACGUUUGAAGAAUUUUCAGCAGAGGAGACACUGUCAUCUGAAGAACAAAAUCCCUCAAUGUUGGAUGACAUAAAACAAGACUUUACGAAUGAUCUCAAAAAUGCUAUCAAAGUAGAGAAGAUAAAUUCAGAGACUCCAAAAAUUAUUUCCAUUGGUCCAACUAUUGGACAGUCAUUAGCAGAAGAGACACAGAAAAAAAAGGUAAAUCAGAAUCAAGAAAUGACUUUAAACCAAGAUUUGUGUGUUGGAAAUACUUCUAAAAAAGUUUUAUAUGCUGGAAACUUAAAAGAGGUGACACAAGUUUCUUACUACAAUGAAACCCACCACCUGGUUUAUGCAGAGAAGAAAGCUGGACUAUUUCAAAUUUUAGAAUUUAACAAAUUUAAAUUGAUUCCCUCAGAUAUAAAGCCACUUAAAUGUGAAAUUUGUCAAAAAGAAUUUACUUAUUCUACUGGUCUAAGAAACCAUAGGAUAACACAUUCUGAUAAUAAGCCAUUUAAAUGUAAAAUUUGUCUGAAAGAAUUCAAACGUGCUAGUAACUUAAAAUGCCAUGAGAUAAUUCAUUCUGGUAAAAAGCCAUUUAAAUGUAAAGUUUGUCAGAAAGAAAUCAGUCAGUAUUCUAACUUAAAAUACCAUGAGAUAAUUCAUUCUGACAAAAAGCCAUUUAAAUGUAAAAUUUGUCAGAAAGAAUUCAAUCAGUCUUAUAGCUUAAAAUCCCAUGAGAUAAUACAUUCAGAUAAAAAGCAAUUUCAAUGUAAAAUUUGUCAGAAAGAAUUCAAACGUUCUAGUAGCUUAAAGUGUCAUGAGAGGAUACAUUCUGGUAAAAUGCCAUUUCAGUGUAAAAUUUGUCAGAAAAAAUUCAAUAAUUCUAAUCAUUUAAAAUGCCAUGAAAUAAUACAUUCUGAUAAAAAGCAAUUCAAAUGUAAAAUUUGUCAGAAAGAAUUUAAACAGUCCAAACAUUUAAAAUACCAUGAGAAAAUACAUUCUGGUAAAAUGCCAUUUCAGUGUAAAAUUUGUCAGAAAGAAUUUACUUAUUCUUCUAGUUUAAAAGCCCAUAUGAUAAUACAUUCUGAUAAAAAGCCAUUUAAAUGUACAAUUUGUCAGAAAGAAUUCAAUCAAUCUUAUAGCUUAAAAUCCCAUAAGCUAUUACAUUCUGGUGAAAAGCCAUUUAAAUGUACAAUUUGUCAGAAAGAAUUCCAUCAGUCUACUUGCUUAAAAUCACAUGAGCUUUUACAUUCUGGUAAGAAACUAUUUAAAUGUACUAUUUGUCAAAAAGAAUUCAAUAAGUUAUAUAGCAUAAAAAUACAUUUAUCGAUUCAUUCUGAUAAAAGGCCAUUUAAAUGUAACAUUUGUCAGAGAGAAUUCAAGCUGUCUUCUAACUUAAAAACCCAUGCAGUAAUACAUUCUGAUAAAAAGCCAUUUCAAUGUACAAUUUGUCAGAAAGAAUUCAAUCGGUCUCAUCAUUUCAAAUCCCAUCAGCUAUUACAUUCUGGUGAAAAGCCUUUUAAAUGUACAAUUUGUCUGAAAGAAUUCCAUCAAUCUGCUCGCUUAAAAUCACAUCAGCUUAUACAUUCUGGUAAGGAAAUAUUUAAAUGUACUAUUUGUCAAAAAGAAUUUGAUCACUCAGUUAGCUUAAAAAGACAUUUAUUGAUUCAUUCUAAUAAAAAGUCAUUUAAAUGUAACAUUUGUCAGAAAGAAUUUAGACAUUCUUCUAGCUUAAAAGCCCAUGAGCUUAUACAUUCUGAUAAAAAGCCAUUUCAAUGUAACAUUUGUCAGAAAACCUUCACUCACUCAUCUAGCUUAAAAACACAUCUAUUGAUUCAUUCUGAUAAAAAUCCAUUGAAAUGUACAAUUUGUGAGAAAGAAUUUAAAUAUUCAACAAGCUUGAAACGCCAUGAGGUAAUACAUUCUGAUAAAAAGCCAUUUAAAUGUAAAUUUUGUCACAAAGAAUUCAAACAUUUUUCAAGCUUUAAGUACCAUGAGAUGUUUUAUUCUUGUAAAACAUACAAGUGUGAGAUGUGUCAACAAAUUUUAUUCACAAAAUCAUAUUUAACAUACCAUCUGGCUCUUCAUUGUGGAAUAAAUAUUAAACUUUUUAAAUGUCACAUGUGUCAGAAAGAAUUCUUUACAUCCUCAAGUUUUAAAAAACAUAUGCUUAUUCAUCUUGAUAAAACACAAGUUGCUCAAACAUAGUUUUUUAACAUUCUGAAAUUUGAAGAAACAAAACACUUAGCACAAAAGGUUUUUAAAUGUUGAAUAUUCCAGAGAAUUCAUGUGUUCCAGCUUCCUCCAGACAUAUCUGGCAAGUCUCUUCAACUGUCUUCAUGUCUUGCCGAUCUGUUUUUUAUCAUAAUCCUCUUUCUUUGAGGUUUAUAGUUGAAGCCUUUCUAGUGAUGUGAGAUGCUGGCUUGCUCUAUCCAUUUCCUGAAUCUCAAAAGAAUUUUGUUCAUAUUUCUUUGCUACAAUUCCAUUAAUGUAUAGCCUGAGCUUUUGUUUUUGUUGUGGUGAGUAUGGUUCUCCUGGUCUCUGCUCCCUAAUUUGUAUUGGCUUAACAUUGUUGUUGAAGAACCUGAUCAUGGAGGUGGUGCUGAAUCUACAAGUGUUAUUCCACUGGUGCUCCAGCUUUACCAAUAUGGAAUUUUGCAUGCUUGUGUUCCUCCAUGGUUCUCCAGGAUACUUCCAAGAUAAAUGAAGCUUUCCACUUCUUCCUGUGCCUCACCUGGGACUGCGAUGGGUGUGUCCUUGGAUGCCUUUGUCUUGAACAUCUUGGUGUUGUUUAUGAAUUGACCCAGUUGAGCUGAUUGGUCCACAAUGGUGGAUGCCUUUUCAUGCAACUGUUGCUGUAUGUGAAGAAGCAGGUCAUCUGCUAAGUUGAGAUCAUCUAGCUGUUUUCAUUCCACUGGUGGACUUAAGAAUUAUUUUCAUGACCCAGUCUAUAGCUAGCAGGAACAAGAAGGGCAAGAAAGUAGUCUUGCCUCAAUCCUAUUUGAAAUUCAAAGGCAUUGCCAUGUCAUGCACUAUUCUGCUAGUCAUCCCUGCAUAUGACUUCACAUGAUUUCUUGAUGUUUGUAAUUUUUCAGGCACUCCAUAGUGCACUGGUGGCCGGCCAACCUAGUGCUUACUUGCCCCAAUUUUUGUCACUUCUAAUUCAGAUGUGCCACACCAAUCUUUACCCUCUUUCAGUCUGUAAAAGUAUGUGGUGAUUUCAAUUGAUUAGUUCUAAAUUAAGUAAUAUUUGAACACUGUUAGCAGUUUUAAAUAAGAAAUAUCUCAUUCAGGCAAGAUAACAUCAGUUGCUUUAAUGAGACUUUUCAACUUUGCUCUACUUUUCACCAAAUCUGUAAUAUCUAGAGUUACAUUCAUAAUUAAACACCACAGACAGAUCUUCAAACUGGAAUCUGACAGUUGUGACUUCAGUUUUUUUCUUCUACAUUUUCAUGGAUAAAAUGCUUGCUUGCAUCUGUAUGCUGAUCAGAAGUGACAAGAAAAACUUAAAGCAAAUUUUGUUAGUUCUGCAAAAUGUUCACUUAGUAAUUAUUGCCAAAAUUUAAGCAUUUCAGAUGCAUUUGGAGUGAGGAAACGUAUCAAAUGUCAAUUUCAGUUCCAUCAGUAUUUACUAGAAAUCUUUAGAGUAUUUCGUUCAGUAAGUGAACAUGGAUCUAUAAAUGCAAUCAUAUAGUGUUUUUCUUCAACAAAUACCUAAAAGCAAUUAUUAAAGGCCUCUUGUAAUACUUUGAUUUUUGAAAUACCAGUAUAUGCUCUACUGACUUUUUUUAAAUGUGGAAAUUGACUUGUAUGUUUUUUUAGAACUUUAUAACUUAAUUUUUAAUCCACUGAUCAUUUACUAAGCCCUGAAACAAUUUGUCCUUGCCUUGCUGUUUUAAGGUUAGGUAUCUGAGGAGGUUGUAACAUCAACUAAAAAUACUACAUCAAACAUCAUCUGCAGCUCAUCUUUUUCUUUUACAAAUCAUUUUAAGUAUUUUUCAGUUUCCAAAAUUUUCUGAUAACUUGUACUCUAGAAAACCUAUGCACCUAGUAAUGAAGGAUGAAAUCACCAUAGUCUGUAUCUAACAGUUCACAAUAUUCGUAUUUCUCUUCUGUUUAAUUCUCUUGCUCUAAAUUAAACUUCACAACUGGUAUAUUGGAACUCACUCCCCAACUCCCCAUUGAUCUCAGACUGACAACAGGCUACACCACUUUUAAGAAGAACUUUAAGACCUAUCUGUUUGAAACUUUUUUAGAUUAGUUUUUCUGUUGUGUUUGUAAUGUUAUUACAGCGCCUUGAGCCUACAUUUUGUUUGUUAACAGCGCUUUAUAAAUAAAAUUAUUAUUAUUAUA